AUGAAUAAACAAAAAUUACAAUCGAUCCAGCUGACCAUUGUCGAGCCAUCAUCCUUGAUUCUUAAGAACGAUUUCUCUUUCGCUAAAGUAGGAAAACUACUUAUUCAGCGUGUCAUGUCCGAUUUGGCUAAAGAUUUAUUGUCGCAGUAUUACGGGCUCGGGGCAGACUCGCGUGGCAACAGAUGCUUGUCGAUUCAUCGUAGCGUCGAGAAUGCAAAGAACGAAGAAGAGAAACAGGUUGCUGAGCAAGCUUCCUUAACCAACGAGGAGAAUGCGUCUGACGAAGAAGUUCAGAAAGACGAAGAUGAAAAUCGGAAAUUAAGUAUUGCGAGCGAGUCGUACCGAAGAUCUUCACGAGUUUUAGAUAGCAUGGAGGAUGCGUGCGAUAGCGGUGAAACUUUCGACCUGAAGGAUAUCGAUUUUGGCCCGAAUAUUAUGUGCAAUAUUUUCGAAAAUGUGUUAACCGAGCAAUCACACGAGCAAUUACCUGAGCAAUCUGCAGGCGAUUUGCCUUCAGAUUGUAUUAAACCGUAUAUCGAGGACCGAGAAAUAAACGAAGCAAAGAAUAACGCCAAAAGUGAUUUAGACCUAUCAUUUGUCGAGGACACUUUUACAGACAAUACUUCAGAUGCUUCGUCGACAACAGCAAAAGAAUCGCGAAAAUCUUCGAAGAGUAGUGCAAGCUUACCACCAUUAGCAUCAAAAAAGCAACCUGUUUGCAACGAAGUAUUUCUAGACUUUUCUAGUACAGACUUGAAGCAAUUCCCCGGUGAAAUAUUGAGCAACUUUUCGCAAUUAAGGAUGUUAUAUUUGUCGAAUAACAACCUGAUCGAGGUUCCAGGGGAAGUUUUCAGUGUUUUAAAAUACUUGGAAUGGUUAGAUGUCAGGAAUAAUCAACUUUCUUCUUUGCCAGCUAGCAUUAAGCGGCAUACGUGCUUGCAAACGAUUCUACUUCAGCAGAAUAAAGUGGAAUAUUUACCAUUAGAACUUUGCACCCUGCCAAAUCUGAGAACACUUCAAGUGACACAGAAUCCCCUGGUUAUGCCACCGAAAGACAUCGUGGCUUCCGGUUGCGCGGCCAUUUUGACAUUCUUACGAAUCGAGUGGAACAACGCGCAUCCCGAGGAACGUGUCGAACCCAAAGAAAGUAAAAUCGAGCCAAAAUUGUCGACGAUUCUGUGUUACCAGUCCCCGCGAAAGAAGAAACUUAUGCCGUUAAAAGACGUUGUUCCUAACAGAAAUGUAUCUACAAGAGAGAAACGUAAAUUGUAUAAGCCCAGUAACAGGUAUUUCGAUGAAAAGUCAGAAUUUCUGAAUAAUCAUUGGUUAGAAAAAACAUCCAAGUCGUUUUAUGAUUUCUAUUUGCAAAAAACAAGCAAUUAUAAAAUUCAUAGAAAAUUAGAUAAUAAUAAACGUACAUUUGAAAAUAUAAAUACUGCCAACUGCAAAGUAGAUACCGAUGAACUGGAGAAUAAAAUUUUACGUUUGAUGGGCCCAUCUCCGCGGUCCCUUUACGUCAGGCAAAACGUGAAAACUUUGAAAACUUAUCAUAAAUCAAUGGAAAAAGAGUGUAGAAUUAUUAAUAGAAUUACACCUGAUGAUUCUAUACGAACAAGAAAUAACAUAUCCAGAAAUAAUACACUAAUAGAAAACAGUAAGAGAUGUGAAAACAAAGGUCCAAACAUUAUAGUAGAACAUCGUUUACUAUGGUUCUCCAAGUUAAGAGAGUUAUUUGCUAGACAAACUGCAAUACUUCAGAAAGUAAAAGACAUUAACAAGAAAAUCAACGAACUACUAGAAUCCUUAAAUAAACUUGAGAUAAAUACUACGGACGAAAAAACUCCUAGAACGAAACAAAACUUGUUUAAAAAUGAAAUAGAAAAGGUACAAUUUUUCUAUACUGAAAAUUUGUGUAAUCGUUACAAGAGAAAAUUACAUUUGUUAUGUAAAUGGUAUUCUCAUACAUCUUUUUUUUUUCGAAAUUUCAGAUAUUACAAUUCCAAAGUGAAAUUCGGAAUUUGCGAAAAUACAAUGAUGUUGCAAUAUUGAAAAAUUAA